GCUUUCUCCCUCCCCGGUUCCCUUCGGUUUCCUUUCAACAGUUAAAGGCUCCUUUCUAUAAAAGCACGUGAGGGGAAGCUGUUCGCGAAGUCGUUCUUUCUCCCUCGGCCCGAACUAUGCCUGACUCCCUCACAGGAGUUGGAUAGUGUAAGCGAGAGAAGAAAGCUUUUGCAGGCCGAAGCCGGGUCAACCCGGUUCUAUUUCCGACUCCCGGGCACCGGAAGGUAGCGCGCAAGCGCCCCUGGCGACUCCGGCGCAGUUGACUUCCGCUCCCACUGUGCUCUGCGAGCCGAAUCAUGGAUCACACUGACAAUGAGUUACAAGGCACUAAUAGUUCUGGAUCAUUGGGUGGUCUUGAUGUUCGAAGAAGAAUUCCUAUAAAGCUCAUCUCUAAACAAGGGAACAAAGCCAAAGCUGCACCCCGCACUCAAAGGACUAUAAACAGAAUGCCUGCAAAGGCUCCACCUGGUGAUGAAGAAGGAUUUGAUUAUAAUGAAGAAGAACGGUAUGACUGCAAGGGGGGUGAACUGUUUGGAAGUCAGCGAAGAUUUCCUGGACACCUUUUUUGGGACUUUCAGAUAAACAUCCUUGGUGAAAAGGAUGAUACACCAGUUCAUUUCUGUGACAAAUGUGGAUUGCCUAUUAAGAUCUAUGGGCGAAUGAUUCCAUGCAAGCACGUUUUUUGCUAUGACUGUGCUAUCUUACAUGAAAAAAAGGGAGAUAAGAUGUGUCCAGGCUGUAGUGAUCCUGUGCAGCGAAUUGAGCAGUGUACACGAGGUUCUCUCUUCAUGUGUAGCAUUGUUCAAGGGUGCAAGAGAACAUAUUUGUCUCAGAGAGACUUACAGGCUCAUAUCAACCACCGCCAUAUGAGAGCUGGAAAACCUGUUACCCGUGCUUCACUUGAAAAUGUUCAUCCUCCUAUUGCCCCACCGCCAACUGAAAUCCCUGAUCGUUUUAUAAUGCCGCCAGACAAGCACCAUAUGAGCCAUAUUCCGCCAAAGCAGCACAUCAUGAUGCCACCACCUCCUUUGCAACAUGUGUCACACGAGCACUAUAAUCAGCCACAUGAGGAUAUUCGUGCUCCUCCAGCAGAAUUGUCCAUGGCUCCACCUCCACCUCGUUCGGUCAGUCAGGAAACCUUUCGUAUUUCAACAAGAAAACACAGCAAUUUAAUAACUGUCCCUAUUCAGGAUGACUCAAAUUCAGGUGCUAGAGAACCACCACCUCCUGCCCCAGCACCUGCUCACCAUCACCCUGAAUAUCAGGGUCAGCCGGUGGUAUCGCACCCUCAUCAUAUUAUGCCUCCACAGCAACAUUAUGCACCACCCCCUCCUCCUCCACCACCAAUAAGCCAUCCAAUGCCACAUCCUCCCCAGGCUGCAGGUACUCCUCACUUGGUUUAUAGCCAAGCUCCACCUCCACCAAUGACCUCUGCUCCACCACCAAUAACCCCUCCCCCUGGACAUAUUAUUGCCCAGAUGCCACCUUAUAUGAAUCAUCCUCCUCCAGGACCUCCCCCACCUCAACAUGGUGGUCCACCUGUAACUGCACCCCCUCCUCACCAUUAUAAUCCUAACUCUUUACCCCAGUUCACUGAAGAUCAAGGAACUCUGAGUCCUCCAUUUACACAACCAGGGGGAAUGAGUCCUGGUAUAUGGCCUGCACCGAGAGGGCCGCCGCCUCCUCCACGAAUGCAGGGUCCGCCUUCUCAGACCCCACUUCCUGGACCACAUCAUCCCGAUCAGACAAGAUAUAGACCAUAUUACCAAUGAUAAUAGUAUUUUGAACUGAAGAUAUGGUGAAAAAAAUUAUGUAUAGUCAAUCUUUUAAUUAAGCUUUGACUGUUUUGGGAAGGAAAAACACCUCUUGUUGAGGUGGCUAUAAAACACUUAGGGUCUUGUCUCAAAAUGUUUUAAAUCUCCACCUUAGGAUUGAUUUCAAGUGCUAUACUGUAGUGCAGAUAAGUGGCUCAGGAGAUCACAGCUAUAUUUUAACAACUUUGUUCCCCUAGUGUGGUAAAUUGACCCAGAGGUGACCAUUUGUAAAAAAUUAGAAAAAAAUUUUUAUUGUUCCACUUUCAAGAAUACUGCUUUUGUUAAACCCAGUUUCAUUUUUCUUGUGAUACAUUUUGUUAACCUGUGUAAAAGGAUUAAAUUUCAAUAUGGUUGUAAAAAUGCUAUUUUUAUGUGAAUUUAAGUGCAGCCACAUACUGUUUUUUAAAACCAUAUGUUUUACCACUAAUUUCCCAAAGUUACAAUAAAAUCCUAAAAGUAAAAAUCUACUAGAAUUUACUGUAAGGCAGACUGUUAAAUGGUAGAAAAUUAUUUCACAUUUUAGGCACUGAAAUUUUGAGGUAUAUUAAGUAUAUAAUGCACUUCACUUGGAUGCCUUUUCAUUUUUAGGCAGCCUCAGGAGCACCAAAAUACAAUGAAAUUCCAGUACUGAAGAUAUAUUUAUGUUUGUAAUAUUAAAGGCAUUACUAAUUAUUUGGAAAGAUAAGGCCAAAGUAGUAGGCUCUACAGGCUUCAGGCUGUUGGGGGAUGAUGCUGUUAUUCAUUAAUGCUUUUUACUGAAUGGUUGGAAUCACAUGAUUCACCACACUUACUAAUAUUAGUUAUGUUACAUAGACCUGUUUAAAUGGUGUUCUUUAGAUGAAGUGUGUUCUACUCUGCUCAUUGUCUUUAAUAUUUAGGGCUGAAUAGGCUUUAUGUAAUUCCUCAUUUCAAUACAGUUUGAUUCUCUGCUUAAGUGGGGUCUUGUUUAUUGGUUUUUAAAUUACAAUUUGAAUGCCAUGGAGGAAUUUGAAUACUGUAUUAAUGAAGGACAUUCUUGUAGUCACAAACUUGCGUUGCUCAGGUUUCAUUACUGUGAUAAGGGUUCUUUCUUUAACUUGAAAUUUUAAAACUAUUAAUAAUUUCCUUUUAUUGGUUAAACAGUCUAAAACUUGGGAUAUUUUAACGUGGGGUCAACAGUGAAGACUACCAGAUGAUUUUGUAUUGGAGAAAAGCGACUAAAUUGUGAAUUUCAGUGCUUUAUAAGGUGCCUUUAGAGUCAGCUUUUGCAUUAUAGGGGCUUGUUAUAGUCCUCCUAAGAUGACCACUCAGUUUCUACAGAAUUCAUGUACAAUUUAUUAUUCAUAGGAUAUUAUUAUGUAUCCUUUGAAUAAACCCCUGUGAAGUAUUUCCUCCCCCCGAAAAUGGUGCAUAAUAUAAACAUGAAAUGUGUAGUAUGCAGAUAUCCUUUAUUGAAUAGUUUAUAGUGUGUAAAUUUAGAUUAUUUCUUUUUGACAAAGGGUGAACGGAUAGCUAAUUUACCAUUCAAUUCUGUCAGGUACAGGCAAAACAGUUUCUCAUUUUGGGUAAUCAGACGCAAAGUCAUCUAUGAACUUAGAGCUGAAGUUAGAAACAAUAUAAAUGGCCAUUUCAACCGUGACCAGUCAAAAAUAACUAAUAAUACUUUUUAAAAGUGAUUUUUUCACACCUAUCAAUUUGAGAGUCCAGUGUUAAUGUAAUAUUUCUAGUGAGAAAUUUUUGUUAUUAGAAGCAUGGGAGUGAAAUAGUGUGAAAAGUUGGUGGUGAGUGCUUCUAUCAUAUUACUGUAGGUACUUGGACUGGUGCAAACUUGAUUCCCUUUCAUGCUCCUAUUUAGGAACUGUUAUAAAGUGGUGUUGAAAAUCCAAUACCAUUCUUUGUUUCAUUAAUAAGAGAAUAGCCAAAUUCACUUUAGAGCUCAACUAUUUAUGAGGAACUCUUCUGUUUUUAUUGAAAUUUUUCUCGAGUUGAUUGUGGUUAUGAAACCACUUAGCCUAUGGGUUGGACAAAAAAAAGCAUCAUGAUAAAAUUCCAUAUAUUAAGAGAAUUCUUGUAGGCUUUUAAAAAAUGAUUUAUUUUCAGUUAGGUUUAAGAAAUGCAAGUUAUGCAAGAAGGCAGAUCAGAUGAAUGUGUUGUAGCAGACAAAAUUUUUAAAUGUGUUAGACUUGAAUUCAUCCAGUUAUUGUUUGAACGAGGGUGGGGGGGUAUAAGGAUAACAAAAUUACUGUUAGUGUUUCUUUCCUUAAAAAAGAUGUGAAUUCCAGCCGUAUUUCAGGGAAGCCUUUGAAACUAUAAUGGACACAGUCUAAAUUAAAUGUAUGUAUGUUUCAUUAUAUUGCUCUUAAGACUACUGAGGUGGCAGUUUAAUUCUUAAAAACAAUAAAAUGGAAGCAUAAAUACUAUUUUGCCUAAAUGAGUUUUUACCUAAUGAUGACACAUUUGGGAGAAUGCAGAAUUUUCCAUGUUUCUGUUGAUAGAACUUUUACAGUAAAAUUAGACUCCCUUUUGGAGAUUAAAUGAGCAAGUUGAAUGUUAAAUUUCUUCAGUGGCAUGUUUGUUCAAAGUAUAUAGUAUUUGGGGAAAUAAUUACAAAGAUCAUAUAUCCAUUUUGCCCUGUAAAAACCACUGGCUCAAAAUUAUUUUGUAAAUACUAACUAGAUACCACUGAAUAUUAAGUGAACAUUACUUGAACAUAUUUUUAAAUUCACAUAGUGAACGUACUAUGUAAAGUAUACAGAGAUGCUUUAGGCUUUGUUCUAACAUGGAAGAGUAUCUUUCAUACACCUUUUUGGAAAAGCCCUGUAGUCCUAUCUCAAAAAAUUUUGUGAAAAAUCCUAUAAGUACAUGGAAGAGACUCACAGAUAUCUACACAAAUACCUUUCCAGUUAUUAGAUUAGCCAUCAAAUUGGUAUAUUGAAGUUUAACAAUGAUAUCCAUACAUUUUUCUGAAGUGGAUGUAUUUUUCACUGUAACCUUUUAAAUUGUGGCCUUGAAACCAAGCAGAAUUUACUUAAUGCAAUUUAUGCACAAUCUAAUAAAGCAAUAGUGGGUAUCCUAGACUUAAAGAGAGGAGGGAGGUAAGCCAGCUAAAAUACUUAAUAGUGAUACUAAUAAAGACAUUUGGAUUUUCAAACUUUUUUUUGUUUGUUUUGAUUCAUGCCCCUUCAAUUCACCAGCAUUGAGGGGAAAGGUGUUAAGGAAGAAUUCUUAAAGGAACAUUUUAGUGUUAGAGUUUGAUUGUCCCAUCUCCCUGUCUUUAAGAAUUUUUAGGCAUUACAGAAUCACAAGAUUAAAGUGAAUGAUGAUAGGUCAUGGGUUUAGCUUUCACACUUGGACAGGACCAUGUCUUUAAAAAUCUAGCAUUUUGAAACAUUAAUUUAUUACCUCAGAAUAUCCCAUUUCUAUUCUUAGUAGUAAGCACCCAGUUUCGAAAUGUCCUCCCUUUGCCUUCAGAUUGAAAAAUCCUGCUCCCUUUUGCUGUGUUCCUUUCAAAAUCUCUUAAUUUUUUGUUUUAAAAUCUGUACUCACUUUAAUGACAUGAGUGAUACAUCAUUUGGGAAAAAAUGUAAUAUUACAAAUAAAGCUAGAGAUCCCCUUGACCACUGAUGCAAUGAACAUUAUUCUUCCAGAGGUAACUACUGCUAUGAUUUUGUUGUGUAUAUUAAUAAUUGUAGUUACAAAGCUGAAAUCUAAAUAGGCUCCGUGCUCUGGUUAAGCAUCCUAAUCUAUGCUAAAUGUAGUAUUUCAUGAUCUAUACUCAAUAAAUAUAUGCUGA